CUCGAUUUUAUUUUAAUAACACAAACAAAUUUGGUUUUUCUCAUAGUCAAUGUCCCUUCUUCCUAGAUUGUUAAUCGAGGAUCGUGUUUUUUUUUUCUCUUUCUCUUCAGAUUGUGGCUGAAGAGGUUUUGGAGUAGUAGAAUAGGGUUUAUUCUCAAUUGAAUUUUUUCUCCUUUUUCUUUUUCUCUCCUUUUCUUUCUUCUUCUUUUUCUUUGGAUUUUAAAUUUGACAACAAAAUCGUACACCCAAAAUACAAUUCUUACUUCUCUCCUAUUAAAAGAGAAUUUCAUGUGGGGUUCGUUGCUUUAAUUAUGCUUCAGCGAACUAGAGAGAGAGUGUUUGUGUGUUACGUUGAGAAUAGAGAGAGGAGGUUUUUUCUUUCUUUCUCUUUUGAUGGUUCUGAUUGAGGUUUGGGGUUUCUUUUAGUGUUGUUUGAUUCUUCUUCAAACUCAUUUCUCAUAAAGUAUUUGUUUUUCUUGUUUUGGUUGAGUUUCAUGGAGCUUUGAGUUGGUUUGGAGAUUUUGGGAUCUGGGCUCUAGGGUUUGACUUUCUCUCUCAUUGAAAUUAGGGGUUGAAAACCUAUUCUGUGUGCUGGGGAAAACAAAUUUAAGCUUUUUGUUUCCCCUUGUUGGUUUUCGAGUGUUGAGAUUGAUGGGGUAAUCCCUUUUGUUUGUGUGCUGUUUGAAGUUUCUGAUUGCUUUGUGUGAGUACAAGAGGAAGCUAUAAUGCAUCUCUCACUGUGGAAGCCCAUUUCUCAUUGUGCUUCUCUGAUCUUGGACAAGAAGAGCAGGAAGAAGAAAGCUGAAUCCAUGGCUGAUAUAAAAAGAAACCCGUCAAUGCUCCGGAAGCUACAAGAAAACAAGCUGAGGGAAGCUCUUGAAGAAGCUUCAGAAGAUGGAUUACUUGCCAAAUCACAAGACAUGGAACCUGAUACUGCUGGGAACCAGGAUGAGAGCCUUGGGAGAUCUAGAUCGCUGGCCAGGCUGAAUGCUCAGCGCGAGUUCCUUCGUGCUACUGCCCUUGCAGCUGAACGCACAUUUGAUUCUGAGGAAGAAAUUCUCAGCCUUCAAGAAGCAUUUUCCAUGUUUCUCACUAUGUAUCCCAAGUAUAUGUCCUCGGAGAAAGUUGAUCAAUUGAGGUCUGAGGAAUAUUCUCAUCUGCCGCCCAAGGUAUGCCUUGAUUAUUGUGGGUUCGGUCUAUUCUCGUUUAUUCAGACUAUUCACUAUUGGGAAUCUUGUACAUUUAGUUUGUCUGAGAUAACUGCAAAUUUGAGUAACCAUGCACUGUAUGGCGGUGCUGAGAAAGGAACUGUUGAGCAUGAUAUAAAGGCCAGAAUUAUGGACUAUCUAAAUAUCCCCGAGAGUGAAUAUGGUCUUGUUUUUACUGUUAGCAGAGGGUCAGCUUUUAAAUUGCUCGCCGAAUCAUACCCUUUCCAAACGAACAAAAAAUUGUUGACUAUGUUCGACCAUGACAGUCAGUCUGUUAACUGGAUGGCUCAGUGUGCUAGGAGUAAAGGCGCCAAAGUGCACAGUGCAUGGUUUAAAUGGCCAACUCUCAAACUCUGCUCUACUGAUUUGAGAAAACAGAUUUCUAGUAAGAAAAAGAGGAAGAAGGAUUCAGCUACUGGUCUUUUUGUGUUCCCAGUUCAGUCUAGAGUAACCGGGGCUAAGUAUUCGUACCAGUGGAUGGCCUUGGCACAGCAGAACAACUGGCAUGUCUUGCUUGAUGCUGGGUCAUUGGGCCCCAAAGACAUGGAUUCGCUUGGCUUGUCACUUUUCAGGCCAGAUUUCAUAAUUACAUCAUUUUACAGGGUAUUUGGGUAUGAUCCCACAGGUUUUGGUUGUCUUCUGAUAAAAAAAUCUGUGAUGGCAAGCCUUCAAAAUCAGUCUGGGAGUACCGGGUCCGGAAUGGUGAAGAUUACCCCCGAGUUUCCAGUGUAUUUGAGUGAUUCUGUAGAUGGUUUGGAUAGAUUGGCUGGGACUGAAGACAAUGAAGUCAAUCGGGCUUGUGAUAAGACUUUUGAACCUCGCCAAGGAUCACAGUUGCCUGCCUUCUCUGGUGCAUACACGUCUGCACAAGUCAGAGAUGUAUUUGAGACUGAAAUGGAUCAUGACAGUUCUGAAAGAGAUGGAACGAGCACUAUAUUUGAAGAGACGGAGAGUAUAUCUGUUGGAGAAGUGAUAAAGAGCCCCGUCUUCAGUGAGGAUGAGUCGUCUGACAACUCAUUUUGGAUUGACUUGGGUCAAAGUCCAUUGGGGUCAGACAAUGCAGGUCAAUCGAAUAAACAGAAGAUAGCUUCUCCCCUACCAUCUUUCUGGUUUAAUGGGAGAAAGAACCAGAAACAACAUUCUCCAAAACCAAGUCCUAUGUAUGAUGACAGAGAGGUUCAUCUAGCUUCUCAUGAUGAUCACCGUGUUCUAUCAUUUGAUGCUGCUGUCCUAAUGUCACAAGAACUAGACCGUGUCAAAGAGGUCCCUGAAGAAGAGUAUGUUGAAGAAGUUCAUCAUUAUUCAAUAAAUGGAAAUGGGUCAGAUCGUCCACAUGUUAGUGAGAUAAUGGAAGAACCUGGAACCAGUGAAGCAGUUCAGAAUGGAACUCAUGAUAUGGGAGGAUCUUGGCUCAAUAAUUCAACAUCUCUUGCUCGGCAUCGAAGCUUGGAGAAUGGCUCUGCCUCUGAAAUAUGCUCUGAGAUAAAAGAGAGUGCUAUAAGACGGGAAACUGAAGGUGAGUUUAGGUUGUUGGGUCGGAGAGAAGGGAAUCGAUUUGAUGGUAGUAGGCUAAUUGGCUUGGAAGAUGACGAACACAAUGGCAGAGGAAGAAGAGUGUCAUUUAGCAUGGAAGACAAUCGUAAAGAGCAUGUAAGAGAGAGCUUGGAGAUAGGGGACAUAUCUGCAACUAGUUUAGAUGAUGAAGAGGUCAGUAGUGACGGAGAAUAUGGUGAUGGGCAAGAUUGGGGCAGAAGGGACACCGAGAUUGUAUGUCGAAAUAUUGAUCAUGUCGAUAUGCUUGGUCUCAAUAAAACUACGCUUAGACUUCGGUUUUUGAUUAACUGGCUCGUCACUUCACUACUGCAACUAAAGUUACCCGUUUCUAAUGGGGAUGAAAAAGUAAACCUUGUUCAUAUCUAUGGCCCAAAAAUAAAAUAUGAAAGAGGUGCAGCUGUUGCUUUCAACCUCAGGGACAGAAGUAGGGGGCUAAUCAAUCCUGAGAUUGUUCAAAAGCUGGCUGAAAAAGAAGGAAUCUCUCUCGGUAUUGGUAUUCUCAGCCAUAUAAAGAUUCUCGAUAACUCAAGACAUCAGCGUGUAGCUCUGAAUCUUGAAGACACGGCGCUUUGCAAGCCCAUGGAGAGUGGCCGGCGUGAUGGAAAAGGCAGCUAUGUAAGGCUUGAAGUUGUCACGGCUUCAUUGGGAUUUCUGACUAAUUUUGAGGAUGUAUAUAAAUUAUGGGCUUUUGUGGCAAAGUUUCUUAACCCGAGUUUUAUCAUAGAAGGGGGUCUUCCUACUGUUCAAGAAGACUUUGAGACAUGAGAUGGCAAAGUGGUAGGCGAUUUUAUUCAAUUUUGGAAACUGAACAUGAAAUAUUAUUUGUGAGAUGUUUCUAAAGGCCGCAGGAAGACUGAAUUGGUGGUAAUUUUGUAUGCUGCUGGAAUAUACAGGGGUUGAUUUGUUAGUUUAUGUUUCUUGUCGCUUAAAUUAUUUAUAUUUUUUAAAUUUUCCUCUUCUGUUUUUGAGCUGCUUGUAGAGUUGGCUUUGGAUAUUUGUUACAAUAUUGGGAAGUCAUGGUGUAAUUUGAAUUAAUAUUGUAUGGGGAGAAGUUCUACUUAUGCAUAGAAAAAGGAUUUCCAACUUUUGUAAAAAGGUAGUGUUCAUUUUCACGCCAUAGUUGAUGAUGAUACAUUAUGUGGUGGA